UUCCGACCCUUUCUGUCAAUAUAUAUUAAAAAGCUUGUAGCAAAAAGACGAAAGAAAAAUCUCAUACUCACAACAGAUUUUUCUUUUGUUAUCUCAAACCAGUGAAAUCAAAUCCUUCACAGAAGGGAGAGAGAAACAUAGGAAUAUGGCAACCCAAUUGAACCAUGUGUUCAGAAGUUCAAUUCUGAAGCACAAAACACAAUCAGAGACCCCUUUGAGAACCUCACGAAGAACCCCAAGAUUUGAAGUGAUCAAUGCAACAACAUCUUCCACCAGAAGUGCAAGGCAGCUCAUAGAGUCUGGCACAGUGAGGCCUGUAUUGCCCAAAGAUGCUUCCUUAGCCAUAAACUCGGAGGGUUUUAUUCUCCUUGAUGUUAGGCCAACAUGGGAGAGAGAGAAGGCACGUGUGGCAGGGUCUUUGCACGUGCCUAUCUUUGUGGAAGACAAGGAUAACAGCCCUAUAACUUUACUUAAGAAGUGGGUACAUUUUGGAUACAUUGGGUUGUGGACUGGCCAGUACCUCACUGCUGUGAAUUCUGAGUUCCUUAGUCAAGUGGAAAAUGUCAUUCCUAGUAAGGACACAAAGCUUCUUGUGGCAUGCGGAGAAGGAUUGAGUUUACAAAAUGAAGCAAGCAAGCAGAGGGAUUUGAUUAUGGCUAUGAAGGAGAAUAUUGAUUUGUUGGUUUUGGUGAGUGAUUCAGGUCAAUGACAGCAGCUUCAAAACUGUACAAUGGAGGUUACAAGAAUCUGGGAUGGUUGGCUGGUGGGUUUAAUCGUUCAAAGGACAAUGACUUCCCAUCAGCAGAAGGAAAAGAGAAGUUGCAGCAUGCUACAAUUGGGGGAGUUUCUUACAUAUUCCUUCAGUUGCUCAUAUUUCUGAAGGCUGUGGGAUAAGGAAUUAUUUUGACACCUUUUAAAAUGUUCAUGUUGUGCAUCUUUUGAAUCUGUAAGCCUCUGUAAUCUAGUUACAAAACUACAUUUUUGUGGAUAGUCAUUCCAGUUCCCUGUUUCAUACAAUUGCAGAAGUAGUUUCUCAUUUAUCCUUGCCAAUAUUUGAUCUCUUUUUGUAAUGAUUUUUAGUUUUAUUAGUUGGAAUCAACUACAAGUAGACCCAAAA